GCUGUUCCUCUUCUAAUUCCUCUCUUGUUUUAGUCUCUUUUAUGUCUGAGUCAUCCUCGAUGGUCACUUUCCUUGGGCUCUCCUCCUUGUCAUCCCUCUCCCCCUGCCUGUUAGACCUGCUAACACGUACUUCUUGCUCAGUCUCUCUCCUUGUAAUCAUCAUCAGCAUCAGGAUCGCGCCUACGCUGGCACUUCCUAUCACGGUCCUUGUCCCGGUCCAUCUCAGCAUCAUCGACAUUAGGAUGACAGGUCGAGCUGGGCAGGAAGGAUGUGCCAUCACAUUUAUCUCUGAGGAGGAUGCGAGAUAUGCACCAGAUCUUGUAAAAGCACUGGAACUCUCCGAGCAAGUUGUUCCUGAUGACCUGAGAGCUCUUGCCGAUAGCUUUAUGGAGCUGGCCCAUGGCACUGGCUAUGGGGGAAGUGGUUUUAAAUUCAAUGAGGAGGAGGAUGAAGUGAGGAUAGCAGCAAAGAAAGCACAGGCAAGGGAAUAUGGCUUUGAGGAAGAUAAAUCAGAUUCAGAAGAUGAGGACGAAGCAGUUCGAUCGGAAGGCUCAGGCUCCUCUGGUGAGUAAUGAUGGGAAUUGGGAGGUACUUGCCUAGAGAUGAUAUGAAGAAGCUGGAGUUUCUCUCUCUGGUCUACACUGUCUUUUUGUUUUUCAAGGAAACAAGUUUUGCUCUUUGUAGUAUCACAUAUUCAUACAUUAUAAUAUUAUUACCUUUAACCUUUUGCUUUUCCUGUGGAAACUUGUCUUGUAGAACAAGAUUAUGUAUGUUAUUGUGUUUUCUGGGCUUUUGAAAGCCCAACGCUGUGGGAGAACGGACAUGAUUAGUUAGGCAGUGUUAUUAUUUUUAUUUAUUAAUUAAUAGACCUGAUGCUUUUGC